AUGCGUGCCGAGAUGACGGAAAGGAGUUUCGUGUUCGCCAUUGCCACAAGCGCAUUCUCCAUGCUCGUGGUUGUGAUAGCCAUUCCACUGCUCCACGAGAAUUUGGAGCACUUGAAAACCGAAAUCCUAGAGGAAAUCGACAAUUUUCGGACUUCAACGGACAGAAUAUGGGCCGAUCUUCUAGAAAUUGAAGAAAUUUCUAGACCAGCGAAAAGAGAGAUCCCGUUCAUCUACAGCUACCGACCAUUCACACAUCGUAAAACAAAACCUUCACUGCGCCAUAUUCUUGAGCUUUCUGAUGUCGGGCCGACUGGAAUGUUGGAUGAACAGAAUUACAAAGGCAAACCGCAUGAACAUUGUGAACUACGACCAGAUCCAAGUUGUCCAGGCGGCCCACCUGGACCACCAGGACAAGAUGGAGAAGAUGGAGACGACGGUCUUCGUGGACAAGCAGGAAUCGACGGGCUCGAUGGUCACAGAGUCCGCAGCAGCCACAUGAAGUGUAAGCAGUGUCCUUUAGGCCUACCAGGGCCACCAGGGCCACCUGGACGAACUGGACCACGAGGAAAAGAUGGACCGGAUGGCGAACCAGGAGUCGUUCCCGUCGGCCCCCCAGGACCUAAGGGCGACCCCGGCCCACAAGGUGAUGCAAAAUUUGAGUUCUACAAAUAUAAAUUAUUAUCCUACACUGCACCUGGCUUUUUACCCACCAUAAAGUGA